CAUUGAGACAGCGGAGGAAGGCGAUUUGGCGAUCCUGUAAUCCGAAUAUCCAGCCAGUGGCACGUGAAAUCCUUGCGUGCUGUCCGGUCGAGAGGUCUAACUUGUGUGUGCAUUCCGUGUCCUUUGGUGGCCGUGUCGUCGUGGUUGCAGUUUAGAUCGGUUCGAACGAAGCAGCGAAAAUGUCGGGCAAAGUGCUACUGUCCAAGGAUCCGGUCUACCAGCAGAUUCAGGAGUACUACGAUGCCAACGGAUCGGGCAUUAACAUCAAGCAGCUCUUCGCGGGCGACGAUAUUCGCUUCGAUAAGUUCCACCUCAAGCUAACGACUCCUGGCGACGGUGACAUCCUGCUCGAUUACUCGAAGAACCGUGUCACGGACGAUGCGUGGAACUUGCUGCUCGAGUUAGCCGAAUCUCGCGAUGUGGUUAAAAUGCGAAACGAUAUGUUUAACGGGGAGCGCAUCAACGUUACGGAGAACCGGGCCGUGCUGCACGUGGCCCUGCGCAACCGUUCGAACAAACCGAUCCUGGUCGACGGCAAGGACGUGAUGCCGGAAGUGAACGCGGUUCUGGCCCACAUGAAGGAGUUUACCGAGCAGAUCCACGGUGGCGUGUGGCGCGGCUACACCAACAAGAAGAUCAGCGACGUCGUCAACAUUGGCAUCGGUGGCUCGGAUCUUGGGCCGCUGAUGGUGACGGAAGCGCUGAAACCGUACAACCAGGGCAUCCGGUCGCACUUCGUCUCGAACGUCGACGGUACGCACAUUGCCGAGACGCUCAAGAAGCUCGACCCGGAAACGACGCUCUUCAUCAUCGCGUCGAAGACGUUCACGACGCAGGAAACGAUCACGAACGCGACGGCGGCCAAGCGGUGGUUCCUGGAGCGGUGCACUGAGAAGGAGCACGUCGCCAAGCACUUUGUGGCACUGUCCACGAACAAGGAGAAGGUGGCCGCGUUCGGUAUCGACACGCGCAACAUGUUCGAGUUCUGGGACUGGGUCGGUGGCCGCUACUCGCUCUGGUCCGCCAUUGGCCUAUCGAUUGCGCUGGCCAUCGGGUUCGACAACUUCGAGCUGCUGCUCGAGGGUGCCCACUACAUGGACAACCACUUCAUGACGGCGCCGCUGAACGAAAAUGCCCCGGUCAUCCUGGCCCUGAUGGGCAUCUGGUACUCGAACUUCUACGGAGCGGAAACGCACGCUCUGCUGCCAUACGAUCAGUACCUGCACCGCUUUGCGGCCUACUUCCAGCAGGGCGACAUGGAGAGCAACGGCAAGGGCGUCACGAAGGGCGGCGAGAAGGUCAACUUCGCCACCGGACCGAUCGUCUGGGGCGAACCGGGCACCAACGGCCAGCACGCCUUCUACCAACUGAUCCAUCAGGGAACGCGUAUGAUCCCGUGCGACUUCAUUGCUCCGGUGCAGACGCACAAUCCAGUCGAAAGUGGUGCGAUGCACACGAUCUUGCUGGCCAACUACCUCGCCCAGACGGAAGCUCUUAUGAUGGGUAAGACGGCCGAGCAGGCACGCGGUGAACUCGAGAAGGCUGGCCUUUCCGGUGGAGCGCUCGAGCAGCUCUUGCCGCACAAGGUGUUCACCGGUAACCGGCCAACGAACUCGAUUCUGGUGAAGAAGGUGACACCGUUCGUGCUCGGGGCACUGAUCGCGAUGUACGAGCACAAAAUCUUCACCCAAGGCGUCAUCUGGGACGUGAAUUCGUUCGACCAGUGGGGCGUCGAGCUUGGCAAGCAGCUGGCCAAGGCGAUCGAGGUCGAUCUGGCUGACCCGAACCAGACCACCACGCACGAUUCAUCCACCAACGGGUUGAUCAACUUCAUCAAGAUCAACCAAUAGAGAGGACCCAAUAGUGUUGAGCCACCUGAAGGGGUUUACUAAGAAAUUAGAUCAUGUUAUUGUCUGUUUGUGUUUUGGAGUGUGCUUCUAGUACGGUUUCUGGGUUCGGUACCGGACCCAAGCUAUUUAAUAAUUAUCAAACAUAACUUAUUGAGCGAAACAGCAACAGCAAACAUCAUUCUGUAGACACCACCCUCCGUAUGCGGAAGCAUUGUAGCACAUCGUUUCACUUUAACGGUCACUUCUGGCCAGAUUUGACGAUCUUUUACCCUGGACACAAACUACUCUCUUCGAGAAGCGAAGAGCGGCUUAUGCUUGGGCCACUAGUGACGAAAAAUAGUUUCACGGUUUAAGGCGCAAUUGAUGGAUUGUAGCGUAUGCAAUAAUUUGCAACGAAACCGUGGCACGGAUCAAUAAAUGCUAAGAGUAAUCUCUAACCCAA